AUGUUUCGUGAAUUUUCAUUCAAAAUUACUUAUUUUUUCAGUUUGGAACAAAUUUCUCUUUCAUUUAAUGGCGGAAAGGACUGUACUCUUUUAUUACAUCUUUUUAGAGCUUGUGUAAAUAAGAAAUAUAAUAAUCAAAAACAAAUAAAUGGAUUUUAUAUAAAAAGUGAUGAUGAAUUCCCAGAAGUUGUGGAAUUUGUUAAUUCAAUUUCUGAAAAAUAUAAUUUAGAAGUUCUUGAAUUGGAAGGGCCGUUAAAAAGUGGAUUAAUUUGGUUAAAAAAUAAAAAACCUGAAAUUGUUGCUGCUCCAAUGGGUUCUCGUUCUAGUGAUCCUAAAGCUGCAAAAAUGAAAUCUAAAUGUGAAUGGACUGAAGAAGGAUGGCCGUCUUUUUUAAGAGUAAAUUUUUAUAUUUUUUAA